AUGGAGUGGUCGCUGCGGCCGUUCCCAGGCGUCCUGGCAAGCAGCAGCUCGGGCUGGCGCCUCGCGCUCGCCCUCGUCUUCCUCCUCGUGCUCUCCGCRCGGCCCGUCCUCGGCAUCGCCUCCCCGGCGGUGCAGGUAGCUGCGAGUCUGGCUGAUUCGUGGCUGAUCCAGUCUGCAAAUCUGCUUUUGGAGCCGCUGGUCUGGGUGGCACUGGAGGACCAAGCCCUGCACYGGGUCCUUGUCCUCGUCCCCAGCUCUGACCAGGUUGUGUGGCCACCACCGCGGAUGGACGAGCUGUGGGACCUGGGGCAAAAAAGGAGGGUCCGUGUGCAGACGAAGAUGUUCCGGCUUUGGGGGAUCCUCCUCUUCUGCGGCCUCCUGGCGCCCUCGCAGGGGGUGCCCGGCCUGUCCUGCGCGGUCAGCCCCCGAGCGGUGCAGAACGUUCUCUCGGGCGCCAUCCUCCGCAACGGGCUCCUGCAGCAGCACCUGCAGCACCUGGUGCUCUCCGACAUCGUGGGCGACGGGGGGCUGUUCAACCUGCACAUCAGCAUCACGGGCCUGCGCCUCGUCAAGGCUCGCUUCCUGGACCUCUCCGUGAUGCUGCGGCCCGGCAUCGGCGUGCAGGUGUCCAUCAUCAUGAAGCUGGACCUCCGAGGCAACUGCUUGAUGGGUCUUCUCUCRGAAGUAAUUGAUAUCGUAGCAGAGGUGUCCGUUGGUAUGAACAUUAAGUGCACAAAUUACGAAUCGGGAACGGUGCAGGUUGUUGUUGAAGACUGUCUCUGUAUUUUUGGUGACCUGAAGCUGAAUCUCCUUUCUGGCUUGGUGUCCCUCUCGCUAAGUGACUUGGUGCACACCCAGCUCACCGGGACCCUGCCGGCUUUGCUCUGCUCCGUGAUGAACGUCGUGGUGAACAUCGUGGGCCUGCAGGUGCUCAGCACGCUCAACGAGGUGAUCCAGGUUGGCACAGAAGGAGCCAUUCAGUAUCAACUGGCCAGCACUCCAUUUACAACUGACUCCUUCCUGGGGCUGGAUUUAGAGGCCGUGGUGCAGCAGGCGGGCGGCGGCGUCAUCCCCUACGACUCGUCCCCCUUGGCCCUGCCGCCGCUGCCGCACAACAAGCUGCUCGUCAUAGCAGUCUACCAGGGCUUCCUCGACGCCGCGCUGGGCCUCCUCCUCCGCAGGCAGGUGCAGACGUUCGCCUGCACGCCCGAAACCUUCUCCGGUGCCAAGCAGCUGAGAGAAGCUGUCACCAAGCUCUUCCCUGCCGGGUGCUCCGGCUGCUCCCGCACCGCUCCGCUGAGCGUCAAGAUCUCCCUGUCCGGCAGCCCGCGCUGCUCCCUGGAGGUGAACAAGGCCACGCUGCACCUCUCCGCCAGUGUGCAGCUGCUCUCGCUGCGCUCCGACGGCUCCGUCCUCAGCCUGCUGCUCCUCCGGGCGGACCUGGCUCUGCGCGUCCGCCUCUCCAUCGCGGGCGGGAGGCUGAUGCUGGCCGUGUCCCUGGGCAGCUUGGGCAUCUCCUUGGACUCCUCUGAUGUUGGCAUCACUAACGUCUCGAGCCUCAAGCCGCACUUCAGGAACCUUCUGAUAGAGAAGUUCACACCGUUUUGCAAUGAUAUCCUCAGCCCCGGGAUCCCGCUGCCGAACAUGAUGGGCAUUCCGCUGCUCAACGCGGACGUUCAGGUCCUYGCGAACAUGCUGACAAUUUCUUUAUGAACCGGGGAGCCCAUAAGACGUGGAGAGCUCGUCUGAUUGCACCACUCAGCAGGAAGAAAGGAAGAGAGACCAGCAAAGAUGAAGCAUCAGGACUGGCGUUAUCUUCUUUCCUUUUCUAAGCUUGAUUCAAGACUCUUGGUGAYAUUUUAAGGCACUUUAAAUCUAACUGGCUCACGUGAGUACUAAGAUACUUGCAUAAGCCAAAAACGGAUGGGCAGCUCGAUGUACAAAUAUUUAAUGUGGUGAAUUGGCAUCAUUUAGAGGGCACAGUUACAGCAAUUGUAUGUGGCGUUGCAGCUGAACGGUU